UCUAAAAACAAUAUAACAACCUUAGAUUUAAGCUCAAAUUCAAUAACUGGAACUAUCGAUGAAUCUUAUUGCUCUGUGCAUUUAAAUAUUAGAAAUAAUUCAAUGACAGGUAAAAUUCCAGAAUGUUUUAAAUGCCAAUUUAGCGAUAGUUUUACAAAAUACUACUUUAGUGAAAAUUUAUUUGAUAACUACGAUACAAUAGAAACAUGCAAAACUAUUCCAAAAUUAAAAUAUUUAAAUCAAACUUUUUGGAAAAUAAACAAAAAAGUAACAGAACCAGUAUUAUCAUUAAUCGGUCAAAACAUUGGAUAUUCAGCAUUUGGUGAUAUUGAAUCAAAUAUACAAUUUAAUCUAAUAUUAAAAGCCAAUUCAAUAAUUAUUUCAUAUGAUUCCUAUACUCCAAAUAGAACUAUUCACGAAAUAAGUUUCAAGAGUACCGGUCAAAAAUUUACAUUAACUCCAGAUCCAUAUCCACCAUUAUUAUCAAAUAUAACAUCAAAUAAUCAUAUUUUAGUAUUCAAAGGUUUAUAUUAUUCAUACGAUAUCACUGAAAUAACAAUUACAAUUGGUGAUAGAUCUUGUGAUGUAACUGAUUCAACAUUUUAUCAAAUUACAUGUACUUUAACAACAUAUCCAAAUCAACUGAAUAAUGUAUCAAGUACAAUCAAAGUAGAUCAAUUACAAACAAAAUUCAAUUUAAAUUUAGAUAAUAACGAUGGUAACGAAGUAUUUAACAACUAUACAUCAUGUCCAUACAACUGCAACGGUUAUAUAUGCAACUAUAAUACUGGUAUUUGUGAAUGCCCAAAAGACUGGACCGGUGAAAACUGUUUAACUCCAAAUCAUUAUGUAUCAUCAAUUACACCAACAUACGAAGAUGGCGGAUUAGUAACAAUGAAUGGAUGGUUCGGCGAUAUUCAUCAAGAUUUAAAGGUAACAAUCGGUAAUCAAGAAUGCAAAAUAGAUACAUUAUCAUCAAAUACAAUCACAUGCAACAUUGGAGCAGGUAUAGGUAAAAAAGAUGUAAUCGUAAAUCAAAAUGGAAUCACAUGGAAAUCAUUCAACUUUUUUAUAUACCAAUCAAAACAACAAACAUGUUUAAACAACUGUAUCGAUACUAACCAUGGUAUUUGUAAUACAUCAAAUGGUAUUUGCGAAUGUAAAUCAGGAUGGACUGGAUUCGAUUGCAAUUCACCUUCAAAUAACAACAACAAUAACAAUGGUAAUACCAACAGUACAGUUAAUCCAGAUGGCUCAACAACAAUUAAUAACGAUCAAACAACAUACAAUAUAUUAAUCACAUCAUUAUUAGAACUCGAUAUCAACAGUGACACAGUUAAACAAUAUCUACUUCAAAACAAUUGGAAUAUUACAUCAAAUGAUAAAAACGGAUCAAAUGUAACAUUCACACAAAUAUUAAACGAAACUGAAUGUCAAAUCGUAUUAUCAAUUCAAGAAAUAGAAAAUGAUAUUCAAUAUUCAUUUGCAGGUUUAGAAUUAAAAUUAGAUAAAGGAUCAAUUAAAGUAUCAGUAUCAAUUCACAAUUACAACUAUCAAAGUCCACUCAAUACAUUACAAUUACAAAUGAUAUCAAAUGUAUCAGAUACAACAUCGAACGAUUGUAACAGUAAAUCAGCAUCAACAUCAACAUCAAUAUUAGACAAUCAAACAUUAAACUAUAUAUCGAUCAACAAAGACAACAAGAUUCUAUAUGGUAGAUUUAUAAACAGAGCAAUAUCAGAUGGACACACAACAUUAAUCACCACAUCAUUAAUAUCGAAUCAAAACGAAUCAGUAACCAUUGGUAUUAACAUUCCACAUUGCAAAACAUCAUGUUAUAUCGAUCCUGACUUUUCAGUAUUGAUUAAUUCCAAUUUCAAAUCAAACUGUGACGAAUCCAAAAACCAUACUACUUUGAUUGCAGUUCUUGUAAGCUGUAUUGGUGUAGCUACUAUUAUCAUUUUAGUAGGUACUUUUUAUUUUUUUUAUUUAAAAAGUACCAAAACUAAAGUUGUUGUUUUUAAACUUAAAAAAAAAAUUAAAAUGACUAAAUAA